GGGGGUGGGCACGAGUCGCGAGUCCCGCAACGUGAUAAGGGAUAAUGUGUGCUGCGGCUGCCAUUUUGCUGGAAGGGGAGGCGCAUUUACUUUCUGUUUCUGUCACUUUUUCCGGCGGUAUCGCGGUUCUUAGCGUUCUCUGAUCUCUGAGCUUUUCCCAACCCAGAGAGCUUUUCCUUUCGCGCUCUGAUUCCAGGACCUUCUCCACGACUAAGCCAUCUUCCCUGCCAGGUGUCCUUUUGAUGUCUUGACCUCUGUUUUAUCAAGGUCAGCUCCAAUGUUCCGAACUCGGGCCUGGGAUGUGAGGGGUUACAGAGCCUGAAUUCUCUGGUCUUUAGCCCUGGGCUCCAAAUUCCCGCAGUUUAGGUGCCCCACCCUAGAGGCAAGCGUUGAUUCCCCGAGUUAAACUCGCCUGGGAUAAUACUGUAAUUCUUAAUUAAAUUCCUCUCGGAGCCUUGCAACCCAGCCCCAAACCACAAAUCUAGUUCCGGAUAAGGGAUCCGCCCUGUUAACCCCUGCUUCCAUCGUUCCAAGUGUCCGUCCUGGUCCUUUCAGGCCCACUCUUCACCCAAGUUCUGGAACUCCACGCUAAAACUUUCAGAACGUCCAUGCCUGCAACUAACUCAUUUUUAGAGUAUCCAUCUGGCCCCGAUUCUUGAUCUUCCAGCACUUGCAUGUCAUAGACCCCAAAAUGAUCUCUCGAUGCUCUCCCCCCGUAGACCCCCCAGCCCCUCCACAAACCCUUGUUCCCCAAACCCCCAUCACUCCACUUCCUUUCCCCCCAAAUGUCCCCAAUUUAGCUUUUCCACCUCCCUCAAGUCUCCAGGCCCUUAUCCCCCCACCGCCACCGCCACCGCCACCUCCACCCCCUGUCAGGGGGCUGGCUCCCCCUCACGUCUUUGGCCUAGAGAAGAGCCAGCUCCUGAAGGAGGCCUUAGACAAGGCCGGCCCAGUCCCCAAGAGCAGAGAUGACGUGAAGAGGCUCCUGAAGCUGCACCAGGACCGUUUCAGAAAUGACUUACAAUGGAUCCUCUUCUGUGCAGACGUGCCAUCCCUCAUCCAGGAAGGCCCUCAGUGCGGGCUGGUGGCCUUGUGGAUGGCAGGCACACUCCUGGCACCACCCAGCGGCAUCCCCCUGGAGAGACUUGUGGAGAUGGCCAUGGAGAGAGGCUACACGGCCCAGGGAGAGAUGUUCUCUGUGGCCGACAUGGGCAAGCUGGCCCAGGAGACACUGGGCUGCCAGGUGGAGCAGCUCCAUGGUGGCCUGGGCGGUCCCAACAGAGCCCGCGUCCUGUGGCACCUUGUCUCUGGACAUCCCCUGCUCAUCCCCUACGAUGAGGAUUUCAACCACGAACCGUGUCAUAGGAAGGGCCACAAGGCCCAUUGGGCAGUGAGCACAGGGGUCCUGCUGGGUGUGCGGGCUGUGCCGCGCCUCGGCUAUUCUGAGGACCCUGAGCUGCCAGGUCUGUUUCACCCGGUGCCCACCACGCCCCACCAGCCACCAGCCCUGCCAGAGGAAGGCUCUGCAGGAGCCGUCUACCUUCUCUCCAAGCAGGGCAAGAGUUGGCAUUACCAGCUAUGGGACUAUGACCAGGUCCGGGACAGCAACCUCCAGCUGACGGACUUCUCACCCUCAAGGGCCGCCGACGGCCGGGCGUACGUGGUACCUGCUGGCGGGGUGCGGGCCGGCCUCUGUGGCCAGGCCCUGCUGCUCAGACCACGGGACUCCAGCCACUAGCCUGCUGCAGCCCUGAGCCAGGCUGACAGGGUCCUGGCCACAGCUUGGCCUUGUCACCAUGAGAAGAGUGCCCCGGUUUCUCCCUUUGCAAGAGCUUGCAGAUGUAGGCCGUGUUCCCCAGGACCUCCAGCCAGAGACCCUCCAUGCAGAGGCCCCUGCCACCCCAGUCUGUCUGGUCCCAGUCCCCUUCUCCCACGCCCACCCUGCAGUAUUGGGCUUCUGAUGCAUGGCUGGGAUCCAAGCCAGGAGCCAGUCAAACAAGCUCCCUCUCCAGGAAAGAGACUCACCAGAGCUGGCCUGCAGGUCCUCCCUGUCUGCCCCACCCCGAUGUUGCAUCCAGACAUUUCUCUCUGGUGACCAGCCUCCUCUCUCUGGACACCUGCAGGAGCCUUCUCACCGCACCACUUGCCGCCCCCCUGCGUCUGUUCCCGUAGAGCCUACGAUGCCUUGUCUUUAAAAAUAUAAACCAGGUCUUACCACCUA